AGUAAGCAGAGGUUCUUCUCACCCAUUACUUUUUGUGAUUGGAACUCUUUUUUGAUGUAUUCAAGAUGAAAUUCACCGACAAUUUUGAUUCUGUUGAGCUCAGCGAACCAAUUUUCAAGGAUGUCAAGUUUUAUGUCACUGGAAAAUUGCCUCAAAAGGUGUUUUCGUUGUUAAACGACGGAGGGGCCAAAAAGACAAACUACAUCAGUGAAAUCGUAACGCUCUGCAUCGCCGGCGAAGACUUCGACGAGAGCGAGAUUGCUGAGGCUAAGGAUAUUUACGAGAUUCAGUCUGUCACUUGGAAAUGGGUCAUUCUUUCGGCAAAGUGUGGAUCUCUCUUGCCUGUCAAAGGUUUCCUGGCAGAGAGUUCACAGCUGUUCUCAGGAGUGGUGGCGUGUGUAUCGCAGCUGUCUCAAGAAGACAUCAACUCGCUGUGGGCCAUGAUCAAUUUUUACGGAGGAGAGCUUUACACCAAACUUAACAAAUCUGUCACGCAUCUGAUUGCCGCCAAACCAUCUGGGGCAAAGUAUGAAAGGGCACUGAAGGAGAAGGAAAGAGGGCACAAAAUCGAAAUAGUCACUCCAGACUGGGUGGUCGAGAGUGUGAAAAAUAAAAGCCGGUGCGAUGAGACGCUGUACCAUCCGAAUCUCCUUAUCUUGGCUGAAGAGAGAAGUCUGUCUUCCCUGGCAGACAUCACAGGUUUUUCUGAGCCAGAGCCGACUGAAGAGGCGCAGCAAGCGGCGAAACCAGCUGCUGGCCUUGACCCUACACGAUAUGAAAAGCUGAUGGAAAUGCUAGACCAGAGGAAGCAGCAAGAGGAGAAGGUCAACAUGGCCCAGCAGCAACUGUCCAACAUCCAAUUACAGCAGCAACAACUGCUUCAACAACAAAAGCAGCAGCAGCAGCAACAACAACAACAGAUGCAACAGCCGCAAAUGGCGCAGGAAAUGCCUCAGCAGCAGCAGCAGCAGCAGCAAAUGGUGCAGCGACCUCCUCAGAUGGGCCAGCAGCAACCUCAGAUGAUGCAGCAGCAACAACAAAUGGUGCCACAAGUCCAGCAACAAAUGCAGCAGCAACAACAGGGAAUGCUUCCCCAGCAGCAGCAACAGCAACAACAGCAGCAGCAGCAGCAAAGAUUCCAGUUUGUGCAACAACAGCAGCAGUAUGCCCAGCAGCGGAUGCAGCAGGGCGCCGUCAUUCCGGGUCAGCAGGGACAGAGAAUCAUGCUCACCCAACAGCAGCUGCAGCAGAGGGCUAUGCAGGGCAGCAUGCAGUUCAGAGCUCCCAGAUACAUCAUUGCUGACGGGGUGCUUGGGGCCUACCAGGAACAGCUAAGCUCACUUUAUGACUAUGAAAAGCAAUAUGUGAUCAACUCUGCGCAGCAAGCGCAGCAGGUGGCAAACCUGGUGCAGGGCGUUCAAGGCGCCGUCCAGAUGCAGGACCAGCAGCAACAGCAGCAGCAGCAGAUGCAGCCUCAAAUGCAGCAAGCGCAGCCGAACAUCCAAGGCGUGCAGCAACAGCAGCAACAACCUCAGCAACACUUUGCCAACACCGGUCAAGUUGUGCAACAAGCAAAUGUUCCCACAGGCCAGUCCUGGCAGCAAGGCCAGCCGCAGCAACAGCAGCAGCAGCAGUUCCAAAUGCAACAGCAGCAGCAGCCCCAGCAGCAGCAACAGAUGCCCCAGCAGUUCCAAAUGCAGCAGCACCAACAGCAAAUGCAAGUUAACCAGCAGCAACAGCAGAUGCAAAUGCAGCAACAGCCGCAGCAGGUAGCUGGUGCCAUGCAGAUGAACCAAGUUCCAGUUCCUAACGUGCAACAAGUAGUGGCGCAGCACCAGGGUGCUGCCGGCCAGAUGCAAGGGCAGGGCCCGCACCCUAUCCAGGGCCAGAUGCACGGCCAAGUGACGCAGAUCCAGCAGGUUGGACAAAUCCAACCGCAGGUGGGACAGAUGCAGGGCCAGGUUGGACAGAUGCAGCAGCAACAACAACAGCCGCAACAGCAGCAGACGACGCAGCGGCUGCUUUGGCAGCAGACCACUCCACAGGGCCACAGGCAGUACUUCCAACUUGACCCACAGACCCACCAGCAGUUGCAGGCCAUGGACGCAGCGCAGAGGCAAGUCUUCAUUCAGAAGCUGCAGAAGAGGCAACAGCUCAUCCAGCUCCAACAGCAGCAGGCGGUUGCAAGGUUACAGCAGCAACAGCAGGCUGGAGGAGUUGCGGUACAGGGGGUGCAGGGGGUACAAGGGGCGCCACGACCUCCCCUGAACCCUCAACAACAGGCUGCCUUGCGACAGCAAUUCCAGCAGCAACAACAGCGCAUGGGACUGAAUCCGCAAUGGCGGGAGGGAGUGCCAAACCAGCAGGCACCGCGGACCGUCCUCAUCCAGGGACAGCAACAGAUCGUAGUGCAGGCUGGAAUUCAGCGUCCACCGCAGCCAAUGGCCGUGUCAUCACCGCAGGCGACGCCAACACAGGGCCCGCAGCAGCAGUGGGCCGCGGGCACCCCCGGCGCCCCGCAGCAGGCAGUCGCCCCCGUACAGACGGUGCCGACGGCUGGCAUCCAGGCGCCGGGUGGGCAAAUUGUGCCGGCGGGUAACCUGACCCCAGAAGAGGCGCAGCGGCAGCAGUUGCUGCUUAGACAGCAGCACAUGCGCCGUCUCCAGCUCCUGAAGCAGCAGGCGGCGUUGCAACAGGCUGCGCAGGCGGGACAGGUCGUGCCCGGCCAGGUCGUCCAGGCUGGUCAGGUUGUGCCUGGACAGGUGGUGCAGGGUCCCCGCAUGGCCACACCGCCCUUUGCCGUCGCGCAGGGAGCUGUUCCUGGCCAGGUACCUCAGCAGGUCGCGGCUGCCCAGCAAGCGGCGACGCCGGUGGAAGACGCGUCGGCGAGCAACAGCGGCCCGACGACCCCGCAGCCGGCCACCGCCGACGGCCAGGUGGGCACCCUUACGCCGCCGCAGCAGCAGCAGCAGGCGCAGUUCCAGCAGUUGUUGGUCAAUGCCAAGGCGAAAACCGCUUUGGCCAAUAUGCUGAGCAACCGUCUGCAGGGUGGAGGCGCCGCCGAGGCCACGUCUGCGUCGGUCCAACUGCGCCUGAUGACCCAGCAGCACCAGCAGCAACAGAGGCCGCCUCAGGUAGCUGUCAGAAUUGUUAACAGUCCAAUUGUGACACUGCAGAGUAAAAAGCCUGGAGUGGCCGGCGGCCAGCAAGUAGCGAUGGUGGCCCAGCAGCCAGGCGCAGCUGGCGUCGGACCUGCGCAGACCCAGCAACAGCAGCAGCAAUAUCUGCUCACCUACCAGCAGCGGGGCCGUGGUGCUGCUGCUGUCGGCGGGCCUAACCAGCCUACGCAGGUACUGGUGCGGAACUCGCAGGGCAUCGUGCAGUACACCUCGACUAGGGUGUUGGCCAUGAGUCAGCAGGCUGCUGGCAAUGUCCCUGCUGACGGCGUGCAGCCACCUGGACAACCGCCUGCCACCAUUCAGAUCCAGUACCAAGGACAAAGUCCAAAUGUCAAAGUGCCUGCAGAUCUGUGUCUGCUUGGCUGCGUGUUCUACUUCUCUGAAUACGCCAACAUGUACAGCGCGGAGGAGUUGGAAUCGUGGCGUACCCAGAUCGUGAACUUCGCUGGCGAAGUGGAGAACGUGUAUUGCCCGCGGGUCACACACUUCGUGUGUCCGCACCAGCGAGUGGCGUUGGCCCCACAGGCGUUGCGCGACGGAAAGAGGCUCGUCACCGCCUUCUGGCUCAACGACGUGCUCAUUAAGCAGCGCAUGUCUGCUCCCUGGCAGUUCCUGCACCUUCCAAUGUUUUACAAUGAGGAUGCAAAGCCGUUAAAGAAGUUCAUCAUUACCAGCUCCGGCUUUCCUGCGGAAGAGAAGGAGCGGAUAAAGUACAUUGUGUGCUGGCUUGGAGGACGCUACACGCCCUACCUGACCAAGGAGAAUAAAAUUCUCAUUUGUAGAAAGGCCGAGGGUAAGAAAUACAACCAAGCGAGGCAGUGGCGGACCACGAUCGUCAACACUCUUUGGCUGCACGAAGUCAUGCUGGGCCAGUGGAGAGCGCUACACGGCAGCGGCAACGCCGCCAAGUACCUCCAAUUUAGUGAUAAUCCUCUUGGACUUGACAAUGCUACGCCAUCGCCUCAUUUGAUGGUUGCGUGGAAGGCUUCAGUUCAGAUAACGCAGGAAAUAAUGGAGAGAGGAAAGCUGAUCAAACAGCAGCACGAUGCCGCUGGCCAGAAAAACACACCAAAGAAGCGGCCGGCCCAGAUCCCGAUCGACCAGGCCAACAGGAUGGACCGGCCCGCCGCCAAAAUUGCCAAACUUGCGGAACUCUCGCAGAACGGAGAGAAUCAAACCUCCGUGUUGGAAGCCGCUGGGGAAAAGGUCUUCUUCCAGCUCUCCCAAGUCGCAAAGAGGGAUGAACUGAAGAGAAAGGCAGAGGAGUUGGGAGCAGUGAUCACCAAAGAUUUUGAUAAACUAACCCACCUGGUGAUGAAGGACGUGGAGAGAACGGAAAAGCUGCUGUGCGCCAUAUCAAGAGUAAAUUACGUGGUCAGCGACAAAUGGAUCAUGGAAAGCGCUGCCCAGCAGAAACUGCUAGAUGCGGAGCCUUUUAUUUUCUCCAACUCCAGCUUGGAACAGCACUAUGGCUUCAGCUUCAAGGAACUGCUAAAGAAACCUAACCGGUCGCAACUCCUCAAGGGCCGCGUCUUCUACAUCUCGCCGGGCUGCACGCCAUCAGUGCGCGUGAUUGAAGACGUAAUCGUGUGCGCCGGUGGACAGGUGGAGAGGAAGCGGCGGCCGGCGCUGCACGUCCAGGAGGCUAACAAAGCCAGCCCCAACUCGUACAUCGUCGUAGCUGAGACUAACGAUCUGCAUUUACUUGUCGACUACAUCAACGCUGACAUUGAUAUCUACUCGGCCGAAAUGGUAUACUCCAGCAUCUUUAAGCAGUCACUUGACUUGACGGAUCAACACAAAAUUGUCUUAAGGUGAAAAUAUUACACUGAAAAUUUAUUUUAAAAAAAUUGCCAGUUUGAAAUAUAUUGUACAUUUUAAAGAA